AUGUCACCAAAAAAGACAUCAACCACGGAGGCUUUGCUCGCACCUACAAGCUUUUUGUCGCCGCAAGACGCCAAACCUUCGACCGAGUCGAAAGAAGUCUGCACGUCUUCGCCCCACUUGUUGAGUAGCAUCGUUAGACCUGAUGUCGUGUUCGACGUCCCUACACUGAGCGCAGCACCCUCCGACCCAGAAUCAGGACAGUUCGGCAACGAUGUCAUCCUUUCAACUUGGCGUCUGGCUUAUGGGCCAGACAGGUCGCAUCUGUUACGCUUACCCAACGAAACGCUCCUUCACGCCUUUACCCAUCUUAGGCUCCAGGACAUGAUCCAAGCGAGGCUCGUCUGCCACUUUUUCCGGGGACUUAUCGACUACCACUGCGACUAUGACAUCUUGGUGCUAGAGCCACAAUUCUAUUACACACCUCUUGAAAUGCUUGCCAGCAACGCACAACACGACAUCCUACAAUUCGACUAUCUUGAGAUCCUGGCUGAAAUGGUGGCACGAAGAGCCCUCUGCAGCUCCCGCAAAUACCCUUACAUUCUGACGAUAUAUGUCAUGAUGGACAUGUUCAUGCGACGAGGACCGGAUAGCGAUGUUGGGACUCAAAAAGACACCUGGAAAGCCUUUUGGGAACUUGGAUAUACCAUUUGGCAAACUCACAUUCAAAAACACUCGCCACAUCACGGUCUAAUUUGUUCAAAUUGGGAGCCAUGCGAGGAUGUCGGCGAUUUUGUUAACAGAGCGCACCACCCAGUUCUUGAUCAAUUUGGAAUUACGCGAGCAAAGUUGGAUCUUUGGUACGGCAGCCUCGUGACUACGCCAGGAGGCUAUCUUCGAGGUGUUCCAGGGCCACGUCGUGCGAAAGACCCUUGGCCGAGGCCCAUACUAUCCCAUCUCUGCUUAACGGGACUUUACGCCUAUGAUGGUGAAAGCUCAGUACAGCCCACGUCGUAUGGCCUGAUGCUGCAUCACAGACCACCUGUUAUGCCGGAUGCAUCGACGCGACUUGCCAAUUUGCUCGGGAUAGCAGAGCUACCCACUCGCUUCGAGGCAUUCGGUGAGUUGUUUGAGGACGGAUAUGCUUUCGCUUGGUGCGCACAUUCGCAGCACGUCUAUGGCAUGCUCAGAGCGGCCCUGAGGAGCCAAAGCGGUAGAAGGUUGACACGAUUGGGAAAAGCAAUGUUCAUGGAAGGCAUCUAUCUCGCUUGA